UAUGGCUGCUGGAAUGGCCUUAAGAUCUUCUUGUUCUUCUGCCACUUCAAGACUCUCUCUUCCACUUUCUCCCUCAGCUUCAUCACCUUCCAGACCUUCUUUCUUUAAAUUUGUGUUGAGACCCAUCUCUGUUUCACUCCCAACUUCAACCACCAUCUCUUUCUUGGCUGUCUUUACAUGUCUUCAUGAAGCCAAAGCUUUCACUCUUUCGACAGAUCAGAUUGUCUCCUCUCUCACUGAGGUGGAGAAGACAAUUGAUCAGGUUCAGGAAGUUGGUUCUGAUUUUUUUGACACUGCUCAACGUGUUUUUGGGAUUGUUAGUGAUGCUUUGAAGCCUGGCGUAGAUGCUGCAUUGCCAGUUGUAAAGCAAGCUGGAGAUCAAGCAUUGAAGAUCGCUUCUCCUGCAAUUUCUGAGGCCUCAAAGAAAGCCCUAGAAGCAAUUCAAAGCUCUGGCAUCGACACACGGCCUGUUCUUUCUGCUGCUAAGACAGCUGCUGAUGCUGCACAGCAGACCACGAAGGUAAUCGAAGAGAUGAAACCCAUAGCUACUUCAACUUUUGAAACCAUUCUGUCAGCAGAUCCUGUUGUGAUUGUAGGAACUUCUGGAGCAAUUUUUCUGGCAUACCUACUCUUUCCUCCCAUAUGGUCUGUCAUCUCCUUCAGCUUCCGUGGUUACAAAGGUGAGCUGACUUCUGCUCAUACCCUUGAUCUAGUAUCUACAAAAAAUUAUGUUAUGAUCGACAUUCGUUCAGAGAAGGAGAAGAAGAAGGCUGGUAUACCCCGCCUUCCCUCCAAUGCUAAGAACAAGAUGAUUGCAAUUCCUUUGGAAGAGCUACCAAGCAAGUUGAGAGACCUUGUCAGAAAUGUAAAGAAAGUAGAAGCUGAAUUAGCUGCUUUGAAGAUUUCAUAUCUCAAGAAAAUCAACAAAGGCUCCAACAUUGUUAUCAUGGACUCGUACUCAGAUUCAGCGAAAACGGUUGCCAGAGCACUAACAAGUCUUGGAUUUAAGAACUGCUGGAUUGUAGCGGAUGGAUUUUCUGGAAGCAAAGGAUGGUUACAGAGUCGACUAGGCGCAGAUUCAUAUAACAUAUCUUAUGCUGAGGUUCUCUCACCUUCCCGAAUAAUUCCUGCUGCAGCUAGACAUUUGGGAAAAACCAAUGUUAAAUUGCUUCCUGGAUCUGAUUAAAAUUUUUCCCUCAUCCAAUUCAAUGAAUCAGAAAUGCUUGAAUGUGCAUUCUCGGUUUAAAAUAGUCAUCUAGAUGUAUCUCCUGUAAUUCUUUAAAUGUUAGGAAAUCAAUUUUUGUUCGAUUUUA